AUGUUAUGGUAAUGAAAAAGUCAGACGAAGUAGCUGCUUUAACUUCACACUUGUCCCGACAAAGUCAUAAUAUUUUAGCUCUGAAGGACCAAAUUGAUAGCCUCUUGAUUGAAAAAGAAAACUUAAAAAUGGUCUCUGAAGAAAAAGAAACUCUCCUUUCUGAAAAGGAGACUUUGAUUCAGCAAAUGAAAGAUAGUAAAAUGGCAGGAGAAGGGCAAUAUAUGCAAAUCAUUUCAGGUCUGCAAAACCAGAUACAAGCCCUGGCUUUUGAAACCAGCCAGCUUAGACACGCAAUGCAGGAAAAAGAAAAUGAAUUUAAGAGGCAAGCCCAAGAAUUAAAGUUAUUAAAAGAUAAAUCCGAAGAGUCUGAUGUACUUAGGGUUCAACUGUCUGAGAAUAUGGAGGUUAUUUCUGACCUUCAAUAUCAGCUUAGAAAUGCGACAGAAAAAUCAUCCCAGUUGAAUGAUUCAAUUAUACAGAAGGAUGAAUCUUUAAAACAAAAGGUAGAUGAAUACGUCAGUUUAAAAGCACAGCUUUCUGAGGUACAGGAAUCUUCUGUUUUGCAGCAGAAACAGUUGGAGCUUUUAGCCUCUGAAGCAGAACAAUUAAAAGUACUUGUUUCAGAAAAAGAAUUAACCAUCAACAAUAUUUCAUUAUCUAGUGAGAAUUUAAAAACGCAACUUCAAGAGAAAGAGAAUGCAUGUGAGGUCUUAAAGAAACAGGUGGUAGAGCUGGAGGAAGUGAAAGUGAAUUUACAAAAAGAAAUACAGCAUCAGAAGACUGUAAUAAUUGACAUGGACCAGUCCUUAUCAGAAAAGGAGUCAUCUCUUACGGAAAAUAAAAGUCUCCUCAAAACUCUGACGGAGAAAGCAAGGGAAGAUGAAGAGAAGACAAAUUUAAUUUCUCAGCUCAAAAGUCAGGUCCAUGAACUAACACAAGAACUACAGAAAUCUAAAGAACUAGUCCAUGAGAGAGAAAAUGCCUUUUUAUCUCUUCAGGAGAAAAUUGAAGCACAGUAUGAACUAAGAACUGAGUUGAAUGCAGCUCUUGGGAAAAAAGAAGAAGUUAUUGCUGGGCUGCUUAAUUCUUUAAAGGAGAAAGAUACCAGUAUACAGUUGGCAGACAGCAACGUUAAUGUUCUUUCUAGUGAGAUUGAGGUUCUCAGAGAAAAAUUAGAGAGAAGUGGUGCAGCUGUGAAAAACCUUACUAAGGAAUUUCAGGAAAAGAAUGAGAAGCUUGAUAUUAAUCAGAAGAAAAUGGAUUCUUUGACAAUUGAACUUGACUCUCUUAAAAACGAACACCAAAAAGCACUAGACCAAAUAAGUACAUGGGAAGAAGAACUACAGCAAAAAGAAUUGGCUGUGGAGUCUCUGCGUGUGAAGUGCACUGAACAGGCAGAUAACAUAGCAUGUUUGAAGUCGGAGUUGAACAAUGUAAAUUCCAAAUCUUCUCAAGACUGCCGUGACAAUGCGCUUUUAAUAGGUAGUCUGCAGUGCCAGGUAGAGUCUUUGGAGAAAGAAAAAAAUCGGUUGCAAGAAGAUGCUGAUAAACUGAUGGCUGAAAACGCACAACUUACUACAUCUCUAAAUGAUUUGCAAAAGAAAUUGGAAGAGCUCCGAGAAAUCAAUGAAAAACUAGAAACCAGUGAGAAUUAUUCAAGAAUGCAGAUAGAUGCUGUCAAACUGCAGAUGAAGACUGAAAAAGAGAAGUUACAGAUGCAGGCUAAAGAAGGAGCCAGCCUUGCAGCUGUUGAAAUAUCAAAACUGAAGACCAAGGUUGAUGAUUUGGAGAAGGCAUUGCAUCAGACAAAAGCCUUCCAAGCAGAAACUGAGAGAGAGAUUGCAUCAUACCAGAAUGAGCUUGCUGGAUUAAGAAUGGAAAACAACCUCCUCCUCUCAGAGUCCCAGGCACUGCGAAAUCAAUGUCAAAUCACAGUUGCUGAGAAAGACCGACAGAUUGCAGAGCUACAGAAGCUGCAACAAGACGUGAUUGUUAAGAAACCAGUCUCCGCUGGCAGCAAUUACCCAGUCAAGAUUUUAGAAACCGCCUCCCUCGCUGGAAGUGCAGAUACGCCGGAGGAAGUCAAACAUGUCUUAGCUGAGAGGAAUCAGCUUCAAAGUGAACUGCAGCGCUGUCUUCAGGAGAUACACCAGAAGGAUCUGCAUUUUCAGCAGAUUAAUUCAAAGGUUGUGCAGUCGGCAGAAGAGAAUGCUGUCUUGUCUGCCCAGUUGAAGACUCUUUCGCAGACUCUAAGGGAUAACCAGCUUCGUUACGCUGACUUGCAAAAUCGUUAUUUAAGACUGGAGAGGGAAUAUCAGACAAUCCAAGUGACAUCUUUCCAAGGCGCUGUUCAGGAUGAAACUAGAGCAGAAGUUCCCCCUGGAGCACCACAGGAAAGAUCUGCAGUUAUUGUUGAAAUGGACAAUAUGCAGCUAAAUGAACUCCGAAAAAGGCUUGCAGAGACUGAGCAACAAUAUGAUUCAGUGCAGCAGGCUCUCUCACAGCUGACAGAAACACUGGCAGAAGAGAAGAGGAGGAGAGAAGCUGCAGAAGAGGCUCUGGGACUCUCUGAGGAGCAAAGUAACAGAUUUGAAGUAAGCAGUUAUAGAUCUGUACCUAGCGAAUACACUGUUCAGAUGGAAACUGAGGAGGAAAGGGAAGCCUUAAUCAUCAAUUCUAGUGAACAUGUUAUUGUGCGAAAAAUGAAAGGAGGAGCCCUUUCCUUCAGAAGAUGGCUUCGAGGGCGAAGUCUUUACUGUUCUAAGCUGCUAACCUCCAGAGCAAAAUCCCGCUAUUUAUUCCUCGCGUACCUAGUCACACUACAUCUUGUUGUUUUACUGUGCCUCACUGGUGUUCUCUGAAUACACUGUAUUUUCUGGGUAAAUUAUUUCCCCGUAGGUAAUGGUGUGCCAAUUCGAGAUAAUAGACUUUUCACAUGCUGCUGUUAAGCUAUGCACUGGACACAGUUGUAUAUAUUCUUGUUACACUACAUGAAUCUUGAGCUUCUUAAAAGAAAUUUAUGUAUAUCACAGUUGCUCCAAAGUUGACUUGAAUUGCUCUUUAACAGUGGAAUAUUAUAUUUGCUAAGGAGAAAAUAUUCCCCUCUGUUUGCCCUAUAAAGAAACUGCUGCAUACAAGUUAUUUAAUAUUGUUUGUGAGUACAUAAUGAUUGAUUACUACUGAAUGGGUUGUAAAUGAUAUCUUUUCUAUAUAAAUUUUAUUUUAAGAGUUAAACUAUAAAUUUUAAAGCUAUUACUGUUUAUUGGCUUCUUGAUUAUAACAAGAAGUUUUAUAGAGUGCAAUAAAGGAAGAACUACUGGA